AUGUGCUCCGAGUACUGUCCGACUUUUCGUCCGAUCUCGAAAAGGCUGCGGUUGGAGUCGAAAAGGUGGAGUCCCCGAGCAUACGAACUCAUGGGAUCGAUGCUCUCGCGGGCUGGGCUACUUAGAGAAGCUGAGUUGCUGCUGCGAGAUGUCGAAAGCCAAGGAAUUCCGUUGGAUGGUCGUGAGAUAUUCAGUGACUCGAUCGAGAGGUACGCUGGAGUUGGUGAUUUUGAGAGGAGCCUCUGCCUGCGUGAUAAAAUGUCGAGCCGAGGUUGGGCACCAUCUCGCUCUUGUUUUUACGCACUUAUUGAACUUUCAAUUAGAAGGAAGAAAUCUCGGUUGGCUCUUAGGGUUUCUCUUGAUAUGAUAGAAAGUGGAAUUAGCUUUAAUGCUCAGAAAGUAGACUUUGGUGCUGUUGUUAAAUUACUUUGCGAAGAAGGCGAAAUUCAAGAAGCGAGAAAUCUCGUCAAGAAGGCUACUGGUUGUGGAUAUGAGCCUUGUAGCUCAGUUCUAUAUGAAAUUGUUUGUGCAUAUUGUGAGAAGAAAGACUUUGAAGAUCUGCUGAGUUUCUUUGUUGAGUUGAACCGUGGACCGGAUCUUCAAGCUGGCAAUAGGAUGAUAAAUGCUCUCUGUCUGAAUUCUGGCUCAGAGAGGGCGAACCUGUUUAGACGUAAAUUGGAGAAGUUAGGUUUCAAGCCUGACGAAAUAGCCUUUGGUAUCUUAAUAGAUUGGUGCUGUCGUGAAGGGAAUCUGAAAGGUGCUCUUGUUUAUUUGGCAGAAGUAUUGGGAAGAGGUCUCAAACCAGAUAUAUGUUCGUAUAACGCUAUAAUCAGUGCAGUCUUUAAAGAUGGUAUGUGGGAGCAUGCGCGUGAUAUUCUCGAUGAGAUGAUAGAGGAAUGUGCAACACCCAAAGAUUUUUACAAAAUCUUUUUAGCAGGGUAUUGUAAAGGUAGAAAAUUUGAUGAAGUUAGGACUGUUGUCGACAGAAUGAUGAAACUUCAUCUCAUUCAGCUUUCUUCUACUGAGGGUCCACUUUCAAAGGCUUUCACAAUGUUGGGAUUCGGUCCACUAGAUGUUAAGUUGAAGAGAGACAGUGAUGCCAAAUUUUCAAGGACAGAGUUCUAUGAUAGUCUUGGCAAUGGACUUCAUUUGGAAGCAGAUAUUGAUGAGUUUGACAAAAGAAUAAAUGGGAUCCUCGAUGACUCUUUUCUUCCUGAUUUUAACUCACUUAUCAUGAAACAGUGCAGGCAUGGAAAUCUAAAAUAUGCAUUGAGAUUGGUUGGUGAAAUGGUUCAUUGGGGGCAAAAAUUGUCUUUGUCCGUCCUGUCGGCUAUAAUCAAGGGGAUUUGUAUUACAUCUUAUCCUUCUGUCAAAUGUAUAGAUUAUCUUCUGGAGAAAAUGCCUAGAUCUAACAGCCAGUUGGAUGCAGAAACUCUCAACUUGCUCGUGCAAUUUUACAGCAAGAGCGGACGGAGACAAAAGGCUAGGAUUCUUUUGGAUGGGAUGCAGGAACAAGGCUUAGCGAUUGAGAACAAGACUUAUAACAUCUUUAUGACAAGUCUUUCUGAGCAAUGAUUUCUGGGAGAA